AUGGGGUUUUUGGAUACACAUCUAUAUGGUGAUCCUAGUGUUGUACCAGGUCCUGUCUGGACUAGCCCUCCCCCAGCUUUGGUCAAGCUCAAUUGUGAUGGUGCAUGGGUGGCUCAAACAGGCUGUGCGGGGGGUGGGGUUUGGGGGUGUUGGUUACGGGAUGGCAUAGGUUGUUUUAUUAGGGUGGGAGGCACUAGGGAUAUGCGUUGGUGGAGGCAGAGGCAGUACAGGAAGCUUUGA